AAAAAAAGGGGGAGGAUUGGGUGAGCAUUGUAAUCCCUAUUGGGCCUAUUCCCUGCCCCAAGUUUGUAUUUGGAUACAAUUACAGACGCGAGCUCUGUUCGCUUCAAUGGCGUCUACGCUGUCGUCGCUCUCGUCAAUACUGAACCAGCCUUACUGUGGACUCCGCCUGAAGCUCCACGGUCUCGGAUUUCGGUUUCUCUCUCCAAAAGCUGAGGUUUUUAUUUCGCGAUGCUAUCACCACCGUACUUCAAGGACUCUCCAUAGUUGUUUCGCUUUCAAUCACUCCAGAAGCUUCUCUCAGUCUCAGUUUCCUCUUCCCAACAAGUCCGACACUUCAAGCCUCCACCAUUUCAUCGCUCAAGCCGCUCUCACUGCUUCCGAAACCCUGCCAGACCAUGUACCAGCCUCUGAAAUUUCUUCAAGGGGUCGUAUUUAUCAUGAGACUUAUGGAUGCCAAAUGAAUAUUAAUGACAUGGAGAUCGUCCUAUCGAUAAUGAAGAAAGCCGGAUACAGUGAAUCUGUGGAUAAUCCAGAAAGUGCAGAGAUCAUUUUUAUAAACACUUGUGCUAUCAGGGACAAUGCAGAGCAGAAAGUGUGGCAGCGACUUAAUUAUUUUUGGUUUCUCAAAAGGCAUUGGAAGAGUAAUGUUGCUAUUGGGAGGUCACAGUCCAUUCGCCCACCAAAAGUUGUUGUCUUAGGAUGUAUGGCUGAGAGGCUAAAGGACAAGAUACUAGAUGCAGACAAAAUGGUUGAUGUGGUCUGUGGUCCUGAUGCAUACAGAGAUUUACCACGGUUGCUGGAAGAGGUAGAUUAUGGUCAGAAAGGGAUCAAUACUCUUCUUUCACUGGAAGAGACUUAUGCUGAUAUUAGUCCAGUUAGAAUCUCCAAAAAUUCAGUUACUGCUUUCGUGUCAGUGAUGAGGGGUUGCAACAAUAUGUGUUCGUUUUGCAUUGUUCCUUUCACUAGAGGCAGAGAGCGAUCGCGUCCAGUUGAUUCAAUAGUCAGGGAAGUGGCUGAGCUUUGGAAAGAAGGUGUUAAAGAGGUAACACUUCUUGGCCAGAAUGUAAACAGCUACAAUGACACAUCAAGGGAUGAGAAUGAAGUUGAACCAGGAACUAAUUGGAAAUUAAGCGAAGGCUUUUCCAGCAUGAGUAAGGUGAAAAAAAUGGGUUUACGAUUUUCUGAUCUCUUAGAUCGACUUUCCAGAGAAUUUCCAGGCAUGAGAUUCAGAUACACGUCUCCGCACCCUAAAGAUUUCCCAGAUGAAUUUCUGUAUUUAAUGCGAGAUAGACAUAAUAUAUGCAGAUAUAUACAUUUACCUGCACAAAGUGGGAGUACGAAUGUGCUGGAAAGAAUGCGUCGUGGAUACACCCGAGAGGCAUACUUGGAUCUUGUGCAAAAAAUUCGGACAAUAAUUCCAGAUGUGGGGAUAAGCAGCGAUUUCAUAUGUGGUUUUUGUGGAGAAACAGAGGAGGAACAUGCGGACACACUAAGCCUUAUAAGGGCUGUUGGUUAUGAUAUGGCCUACAUGUUUGCUUAUAGCAUGAGGGAAAAAACUCAUGCAAAUAGAAACUAUCCUGAUGAUGUUCCUGAGGAAGUGAAGCAGAGGAGGCUGACCGAACUUAUCGAGGCUUUCCGACAGAGUACAGGUCAAUGUUUCGAUUCCCAGGUAGGAACUGUUCAACUUGUGUUGGUUGAGGGACCCAAUAAGAGAGCUCCAGACACAGAACUUAUUGGCAAGAGUGACAGAGGCCAUAGGGUUUCAUUUGUUAGUGUGGCGGUACAGGAUCGAGAUUCUGAUCCAAAUGCUAAACGCAAUCCUGUAGUGGGUGACUAUGUGGAAGUUCGUAUAUUGAAAUCUACUAGAGCUUCCCUCUUUGGUGAGGCUCUUGCUAUAACUAGAUUGAGCUCAUUUUAUAACGUGCAUGAAGACGCUGUUGCCUGUGGAAGUGGAAGUUAAAACUGAGUUUGGCUGGGAAAUACCUCUCUAUUAUCUCGCCCAUUCUUCUUGUGAAAUUAUUGCAGAGCUGCUUUGCUCUUGUUUGGCAAUGGUUAGACGGCUUCUUUUAUGGGAAUCAGGAUCUGCAGGAUGCUGGCCAAGACUCGAUUGCUUCGAAAUGAUGCAUGCUACCGAGGAAACUGACUCAGGCAUGAGAUUUGGGAUUGUCUUGGACGGGCUGGCCCAAUCGUAUUCGGCCUUAAACGGGGGAGGCCCAAAAAAAAAUGGGGCUUUUAACUUAAUAGUAUAAUUAAUUUAUGUCUACAAUUUUUAUUUCUUACUUUUAAUAUACUGAGGAUGUUUGUGUUAAUGAAUUUUUCAUUGCUUUUAA